CACCAGAAUUUUUCCGUUCCAAUCCUGCUUGCACCCACCGACUGAUUCCAUGGCUUACAAGAGAUUUAAGGGCGUUGUUGAAUGACGUGGAGAGUCAUGUCAGUUUUGUUCUUCAGAUUAUUUUGUCUCUGAUCAACAAGGUUGAGCUUAGUUCUGAAGAGUUUUCUCGCCAGCUGCAGCCUUUCCUAUUUGACAAAACAGAUCAUUUUAUCCACGAGUUUAUAGGCUUUGCUCGUUCGCCAUUUGAUAUGACUGCUUAUGAUGAGCGUGCGCAGUACAGCUGGCCAAGUGAGUCAGAGCAGGAACCCAGAGAUACGCCGACUGUGUUUCACAGUCAAACUUCAGGCUGGCAUACACCUGUCCCAGGCCCCUCUGGCGAAACUCUGUGGCAAACAGACUGGAAUAGAGAUUCUCCAGCGCGGCAAACUGUAAACAACAGGUGGUCUCCAAGCUCAUCACCAGGCACAUCCGGACUAAAUGGUCGAGCUGGUUUGGAAAGGACUGUGACCAUCUCUUCAUCGAACUCAUCAGUUAGUCCGCAAACAACUCUAGUAGACAUUGAACCCACGACAAAUUAUCAAGCGUCCAAUGCGUCAUCCGACUCUAUAGGGCGUAGUAACAGGAAGAGGUCUUCCAAGGAAACUGUUGGAGAGAAGACACAAGUGGAAACGGAGAACAAGCAUCAAUACCAUCACUAUCAUCGUAAUUCACACAAACACAAACAUAAAAGGAAAGAGUCUAAAAGAUCGAGCGAGAAACGAGACAGAGGCAAACUUUGUGGAGAUACUAAUCAUGUUGAUAAUGGUUUAGGCCCGUCUUGUUCUACAAAUCUUUCUAUUGUUUCUUCAGAAUUUUGUUCAUCUCCACAGGAGUUUAUUGUAAUCAGUAGUGAUACCUCUACCUCUCCGGUAUCUUCCACUGUUCGGCCAGGACCUUCGUGCAACGAUGCAACGCAAUUUCAACGAAGGAAGGAAGGGUCUGGAUCGCGGUCAAAAUCUGGAUUACGACUGCUGUCUAAAGGAAGGGGAGUUUUUCAAGAAGACAAACGUUCGCGAAGUCACUCUGUUAAUGCUAAAACGCGCUCAAGGGAUCGUUCACUUUCGGUUGAAGAGCGUGCGAUUGAAGAACAUCGUCGAUGGCGAUCAAACUCUAGGGAAAGACGGUUGAGAGAUGAUAGUCAACGUUUAUCUCCGUCAAGAAAAUCUGGUAAGCACAGUCAAGAAAAGAUAGGAAAGUCCUCUUUAAGUCCAUCCCAGACUCACUGCAAACGUAAAACGCGCGGCGAGAAAAUUGACAGUAGACGAACAAAGGAGUAUGGUCGAUCUCGUUCAAGAUCGGGGUCUUACUCUCGAAACUCCAGAUCACGACACUCACGAUCACAGAAAUCACGGACAAGGGACUCACGAUCACGCAGAUCACGAUCAAGAUCGCGAGGUUCGCAGUCACAUAAAUCCCGAUCAUCGCGAAAUUCACAUUCCCGGUCACGAGACUCUCGAAACUUACGGUCUAAUUCACAAUCAAGAUACUUCUCACGAGCUUGCACGCCUCUGUCAUCGCGAACGCACCAUAGCGUUUCCCGUUCGCGCAGUUCUUCUAUAUCAACAGCGAACUCUGAAUCCAAAGUAAGGGAGUCAGCGUCGCACAGUAAUGACGCUAUUAAGAGGGAAAUUGAAGAUUUGGAAAGUCGCAUAGUGGCUGACAAGAAGCGACUUCUGAGGCUUUUAAUGAAAAAGGAACAGGCGGAAACCGCUUAA